UUUAAAGAGUAUCAGUUUGCUCAAACUAUGAUUUUUGCAAUUGAAGAAAUAAAUAACAAUACAGAAAUGCUUCCAGGUAUUUCCUUAGGUUAUAAAAUUCACGAUGGCUGCAGUUCCAUGUAUUCUGUAAUAAAGUCAACAAUGGCGUUGUUAAAUGGACAAGAGAAGAGACUGCCAAAAAACACAUCCUGUGCAAAACUAGCAACUGUGCACGCCAUCGUUGGUGAAUCUGAGUCCUCCCUGACUAUAGGAGUUGCAACAACCACAAGACCUUUUCAUAUACCAGUGAUCAGUCAUUAUGCUAGCUGUGCCUGCCUCAGUGACAAAAGAGAGUUCCCAACUUUCUUCAGAACAUUUCCAAGUGAUUACUACCAGUGCAGAGCCCUGGCACAACUGGUGAAACAUUUUGGUUGGACCUGGGUUGGCACAAUAAGAAGUGACAAUGAUUAUGGUCUUAAUGGGAUGGCUAUAUUUUCAGAAGCAGCUAAACAAGAAGGAGUUUGCAUUGAAUUUUCAGAGGCUUUUUACAGAACAUAUUCUAGAGAAAAAAUACUUAGACUUAUUGAAAUUAUAAAAAGUGCUACAACUAAAGUUAUUGUAGUUUUUAUGUAUUUUUUGGAUAUGGAAGUUUUAGUGAAUGAAUUGUUGCAUCAAAAUAUUACUGGAUUGCAGUGGGUGGGUAGUGAUGGGUGGAUAUUUAUUAGACCCAUAGCAACAGAAGUUAACUACAGGAUUCUAAGUGGUGCUGUGGGAAUUGCAGCCAAUAAUGCAGUAAUACCUGGCCUGAAGGAGUUUUUAUUGAAUGUUAAUCCAUCAAAUUACCCUGAAAACAACGCUUUGCAUGACUUUUGGGAAGAAACCUUUGGUUGCAGUAUGUCAUCUUCAAACCAAAGUAAAACAAUGAACCCGUGCACAGGGCAGGAAAAACUGACAGAAGUAACAAAUGAGUACACUGAUGUAGAUGAACUGAGGGUAUCUUACAAUGUAUAUAAAGCAAUCUAUGCUGUAGCCCAUGCAUUGCACAAUCUCCUUAAAUGUGAGGAAAGCAGUGGACCUUUCACCAAUAAAACAUGUGCUAAUAAAAGUAACAUUGAACCUUGGCAGGUUCUACAUUACCUAAAGAAAAUUCAUUUCACCACAACAAAUGGGGAAAAUGUUUAUUUUGAUGAAAAUGGGGACCCAUCUGCAAGAUAUGAAGUGGUGAACUGGCAAAUGAGUAAGCAAGGCAUUGUUAAAUUUGUAACAAUCGGUGUUUAUGAUGGAUCUCUGCCAGCAGGACAGCAAUUCAUAAUGAAUAAUGCAAGUAUUCUUUGGGCAGGAGGACAGCUUAAGGUGCCAAAAUCAGUGUGCAGUGACAGUUGUUCUCCAGGAACUCGUAAAGCAGGACAGAAAGGGAGACCAAUUUGUUGCUUUGACUGUAUUCCUUGUGCUGAUGGAGAAAUCAGCAAUAACACAGAUUCCAUUGAUUGUGUUCGUUGUCCACUUGAGUAUAAGUCGAAUGAGCAAAGAACAGAAUGCAUUUUAAAAGAAAUUGAGUAUUUGUCUUUUGAAGAGCUCAUGGGAAAGUUACUGAUGACAAUUGCAUUGCUUGGAGCAAUUUCAACUUUUGCUGUAGCUGUAGUUUUCUUCAAAUACAGAGAAACUCCAGUCGUUAAAGCAAACAAUUCAGAACUAAGUUUCCUUCUACUGUUUUCACUAAUGUUGUGUUUCUUGUGCUCUAUCACUUUCAUUGGUGAACCCUCAGACUGGUCUUGUAUGCUGCGCCACACAGUUUUUGGCAUCACAUUUGUCUUAUGUAUUUCUUGUGUUCUUGGUAAAACCAUAGUGGUGUUAAUGGCUUUUAGGGCCACACUUCCAGGCAGCAACAUUAUGAAAUGGUUUGGACCGAUGCAACAGAGACUUAGUGUAUUUAUGUGUACACUCAUACAGGUCUUAAUCUGUAUUCUCUGGUUGCUUUUGACACCUCCCUUUCCAAACAAAAACACAAAACAUUAUAAAGACAAAAUUAUUUUGGAAUGUGAUCUUGGAUCAACAAUAGCUUUUUAUGCUGUUUUAGGUUAUAUUGGAUUUCUGUCAGCCAUGUGCUUUAUCUUGGCCUUUUUGGCUCGCAAACUUCCAGACAAUUUCAAUGAGGCUAAAUACAUCACAUUCAGUAUGCUAAUAUUCUGUGCUGUUUGGAUCACUUUUAUUCCUGCUUAUAUUAGCUCCCCUGGAAAAUAUACAGUAGCUGUAGAAAUAUUUGCUAUUUUAGCUUCUAGUUUCAGCUUGCUUUUUUGUAUUUUUGCUCCCAAAUGUUAUAUUAUACUUCUAAAACCAGAACGGAACACAAAAAAAUACUUAAUGUCCAAAGGUACUUGAAAUUGAAUACAAGUAUCUUUCACUUCUUCAUAUAGUUGA